AGAGAUUCAGUGGCGGACGGUGUUGCGGUGCAUGGUAGGAUACACACACUGUCAAGAGUAUUUCACUACGGUGGUCCUUCUGCAUCGGAGGAACAAUGCAGAUUCGAGAACCAUUAAUGGAGCCGAACGUCAUGUAAAUAAUUUGGUUCCGCUUAGUUAUUUGAAAAAUGGAACAUCCCAAGACCUAAUAUUUGGCUUCCUUAUAGAUGGAUUUUAUUACAUGCGCUCACGCUCGAUCAGAUAACGGGACGUAAAGAUGGGGUUCGACACCAGUUGCUCUCUUUAAAAUAGCCUCUCCUGCUGAAGAAUGACCCCCCCUCAGCGCCUUUCGGAAUGCCGUUUCUCUCCGCGUGCGCAAGGGCCACGCGCCAGAUGGCCACAUCAUAACCGACUGUGAAACUAUUGCACUAAAGCUGGAGCUUAACUUUGCGGAUCUGAUGGAUUUAAAGAGGGUGCUGUCCUUUCCUCCAUAUCCAGGGGAUUAUUUGCACCCAGUGGUAUAUGCCUGCACUGCAGUGAUGCUGCUCUGCCUGCUGAUUUCUAUCAUGACAUACAUUGUACACCACAGCAUAAUCCGAAUCAGCAGGAAAGGAUGGCACAUGCUCCUCAACUUCCUCUUCCACACUGCCAUGACGUUUGGGGUGUUUGCAGGAGGCAUCAACCAGAUCAAGUACCCUGUGAUCUGUCAAGUGGUUGGCAUUAUCUUGCACUACUCCUCCCUUUCUAGCAUGCUAUGGCUGCUCUUCACUGCCAGGAAUAUUUGUAUGGAGGUGUCCAAGGCUCCACCCAUACCUCAGGACCGGGACCUUCCCCACCAGCCACGCCCUAAAGCCACCAUUUUCAGUUUUUAUCUGGUCAGUGGUGGAAUCCCUCUAAUCAUAGUGGGUGUUACGGCUGCUGUUAGCUUGGAUAACUACGGUAGCAGAGAUGAUGCCCCUUACUGUUGGAUGGCCUUGGAGCCCAGUCUAGGUGGCUUUUAUGGACCCACUGCCUUUUUGGUCUUGGUAAUGUGCAUCUACUUUCUGUGGACAUUCGUGCAGCUUAAGCAGCACCCGGAGCGCAAGUAUGAGCUCAAGGCUAUGACCGAAGAACAGCAGCGUUUAGCAUUAGCUGAAAUCAGGCACUGUCACGCCAUCAGCGGAGAGCCAGGUGAGCAUGGUGAUCACACUGGCUGCACAGCCAUCACAGCCUCCAUGUUGGCCAAUGAACACUCUUUCAAAGCUCAGCUGAGGGCCACAGCCUUUACGCUGUUCCUCUUCCUGGCCACCUGGGUUUUCGGAGCACUGGCCAUAUCACAGGGCCAUUUUCUAGACAUGAUCUUUAGUUGCCUAUAUGGAGCAUUUUCAGUCACAUUGGGGCUUUUUCUGCUGAUUCAGCACUGUGCAAAACGUGACGAUGUGUGGCACCGUUGGUGGGCCUGUUGCCCCAACAAACCAAAGGUGGAGGUCAAUGGAGAAGCGGCGGGGAACGCCACCCCCCCAACUCUAAUUCACAGCCAUAAUCCGUCCCAUGGACAGAACCAAAUCCACUGCCAGAUCGACUCAUCUUGCCUGGGUAAACCUUUGCUUUCCCCACACCUACACUCCCCUUUGCCACACUGCAAAUUGGAUACACUGCCCUCCACCCAGAACCACACGAGCACCUGCUGUGCCACCCUUCACAGUCCCUCCUCUUUGACGACCCACCCGCAGACCCUCCCUGAUGAACUGCCCAGACCAACCCUUCCCCUGCAAAGCUGCUUGAAGGACAGGUCUAAGUCUCGCUCCUUCAAUCGACCUCGGCCCUGCCUCAGGGACUAUUCUUACCACAUGACCUCCACCAGCAUGGACGGCAGUGUGCACAGCUCCCACCUGGACAGCCCCCACAGUGUGCAGCUGGACAACCCUCUCACCUGCCACAUGUCCCACAUGGAUACUCAACUCUCUUGUCACAGUCCCCACCUGGACAACCAGCUGCGCUGCCCCAGUCCCAGUCCCCACCUUGAGAGCUUGGCCUCACACGGCCUUCACGAUAGCCUCUCCUGCCAUAGUGCACACUUGGACAGUCAGCUCUCCUGUCAUAGACACAUGUGCUGUGCCAAAGCAGACCCAUUCUCGAGCAUAUGCUGCCAUAAAGCUGACCCAUUUGUCAGCCCUUGCCAGUCAGAGGAUCCUGACACGGGUCUGCUGAUGUACAGUUGCACAAAGAUGGCCGAUAAAGAGGAAGAAACCAUGCUGCACUUGGAUAUAACCCCUCCGAAGGUCACAUUGUCAUGCUCCCAGGCCACACUCAGCAGGAAAGGCACCCUCAGCCGGAGAGGGACACUGAGCCGGAACAAUAGUCAGCAGGAGGACUAUGUACUUACCUCUGAUUCCACAGGUAACAUUAGGACUGGACCUUGGAAAAACGAGACAACCGUGUAGGCCUGUAAAUUAUGUGCUAACCUGUUUCUCUCGCCUGAGCUAAACUACUGUGUAGUCCCAGGGCUGUUACCCAAAGGCCCUCUCUUCUUUGAGCUAAGCUACUGUGUAGUCCCCCUGCUGUGACUUCCCCUCUCUGACCCACCCCAUAUACCUUCUUUUCCCCUUUAAAGAGGUUUGAACCUCUGCUUACCUCUUCUCAGACAACAUCUCACGUCUCAUCCCAGCUCCAUUCUAUUUGUCCUCUUGCCAUUUUAAUAUUGUUGCAAAGAUGACAUGCCAUACAUUUUAAUUUGGAUGAACUUUUAAAAUCAAACUGAUUUUUGUACAUGUGUUUUUGGGUAUGGUAAAAUAAUGUUCAAUUUUAUUGUUAUGAGUGUGUGUGUGUGUGUGUGUGUGUGGUGGGGUGGGUUUGGGGGGGUCUGUUUAGUAGGUGAGAAAGAUCAGAGUGCAUGUGUUUGUGUCUAUUUGCAUGAUAACAUGCCCAUGUGUAUAUAGAUAGCAAGAUUUCCAUCCGUGUAAGAAAGUCCUUUGUUUUAAAGCCAAAAUCUUCUACAUGUCUGUUUUGCCUUUUAAUACAAAAAAACAAAACAAAACAAAACAAAAAACAGUGAAUCCAAAAGUAUCACCAUGUGUGAAACCACCAGCACUUAAUUAGAUUUUACACUUUUAGGGAAAACUGUGAAUCACCACUAAUGAAAUUAAGAAGAAUCAAUGAACAUAUAUGUGAGUUACAGUAUAUGUGGCAAUGUACUGUAACUCACAGUUGAAGUGUUAUGAUUACAAUUCAACUUUUAAAACUGAGAUCUAACCCAAAGUACUGAGUAGUCUGUGAUAUGUGAAUAAUGGUAUGUGGUUGUCACAACAAAGCUGUCAUUUUUUUCCAUCUGCAGACAUAAAAACAGCAAACAAAUAGGCUCCCUGUGUUUCCAUGGUGACAAAUCAUGAGGAGAGGUGCCCGGGCAGAAUGCAUUUUGAACUGCACAUGUGAUGUAUGCACAUACAGUAUUUAGUUACUGGCAAUGAGGUGCAGAUCAGUUCAAGUCAAUGGCCUUACAGAACGUAUUGGCUUUGUGUUGAUCAAAAGUCUUACGUUGCACUAAAGCAUUAAAGCAUGUUCACCAUAAUGUUGGAAGCAAUCAUUUACAUGCCUAACGAGAUACAUAUAGCUACAUAUAUUCAAGUUAUUGACAGGAAAGCAUCUUAGCUUACUGGAAACACUCAUUGUUAUUUAUUCUGAGCCAAAAAAGAGUAAUAAUAAAAAAUAAAAAAAUGGAGGGCUUCAUUUUCUACAGAAAGGAUACUCAUGUUGUUUAUAUCACUUUAUAUCACUCAUGUUAGUUUAUAUCACUGUCACUAUGAGGGCAAACAACCAGAAUUUUGAAUCAAGAAAUGGAUCAAUUUAUAUGAUGCAACAAGUAAGUAACUAAAGUGUGUCACUGUUUAAUUAUUCAUUUUUGUUCAGUAAAACAAUUGGUCUUCUU